CUCCCUCUCUCUCUCUCUCUCAUAUAAUAAGGUGAAAGGAGAGUUAAAAGAUGAGGCUACGGCUAGCAGUCACCUUCUCAUGCAUUGUUCCAUGCCUUUUGUUACUCUUGCCCGCACCAAGUACCUCACAGAACUCCUUUGUUUGUUCACGGGCUACCUACUAUGGUAGCCCAGAUUGCUUAGGAACUCCAAGUGGGGCAUGUGGGUAUGGUGAAUUCGGCAGAACCAUCAAUGGUGGAGAUGUAGGGGCUGUUGGCAGGCUAUACAGGAACGGUACAGGAUGUGGUGCAUGCUACCAAGUCAGGUGCACCCAUGCACAGCUCUGCACCGAAGAAGGGGUGCACGUCGUCGUCACUGACCACGGAGAAGGGGAUUACACCGACUUUAUCCUUAGCCCCCGUGCGUUUGUGAAUCUGGCCCACCAAAAUAUGGCCUUAGAUUUGUUAGCAUACGGUGUGAUCAAUGUAGAAUACAGAAGGGUGUCAUGCCAGUACCCAGGACAAAACCUCAUGUUCAAGAUCCAAGAGCAUAGCAAGUUCCCAAACUACCUAGCCAUUAUCAUCUUGUACCAAACUGGCCAGAUGGACAUACUGACAGUCGAAUUGUGGGAGGAGGAUUGCCAGCAGUGGAGGGAGAUGCGUAGGUCCUAUGGGGCCGUCUGGGACAUUGUAAACCCUCCACUGGGCCCACUUAAUCUACGGUUCCAAGCGAGCGGGGAUGGCGAGGUGAAGUGGGUCCAAGUAGGGAAUGUGAUCCCUAGUGACUGGAAGGCAGGGGUGGCUUAUGACUCAGCUAUUCAACUGUAAACGGAAGAUUAGAGAUAGAAUUACUACUUAGUUACCUAAUAGGGAGUAUUUAUGCAAGUGCUCUUUACUAUAAAAAUGAAUAUAGCUUCUUGUGUGGUUUGUUAUUAGAGAGAGACUGAUGAAGUGUUACCUUACACAUAUGAUAUGAUGAUUCCAAGCUUUCCAUUC